AUGGAAUCAUCAUAUACUACCCUACCAUUGAUGGACGCUGCUGGAAAUGAUGAUUUGUUUGCCAAUAAAGCCUUUGAUUACGAUUAUGAAGAUUCCUCGUCGGGCUAUGAAUCUACAGAUAUGGAGUCAGUCAGUUCUUGGGGAUCACGUGACAGCCUUGACAGUAGAUUACAAGACAGUCAUAAUAACUUCUUACCAAUGAACAAAGAUGAAGAAAUCAUGAAUUUUAGAAGCACACAUUCGCUCUCAGAACACCUGAAACUAAUUUUAGCAAUGCCCGAGAUGUGCGACGUCACAUUUGUUGUUGGACCGCGUGAAGUACCAGUGCACGGAGUUCGCGCAAUCAUGGGUACACGAAGCAGGGUUAUGUAUCAACUGAUAUUAAAGCAUAUGUCUAUGGAAGCUGCUGACAAAGAAAGGAACGCCAAAAGUAACAAGAAGUCAAAGAAAAGCACGUGCAAGGCAGUUGGAAUAGGUCGGUCAUUAUCACAAAGACUUGUUAUCCCUGUCAAGAAAUACGAUUCUGAGGUGUUCCGAAUGUUGGUCCAGUUUAUUCACUGUGGAAUUGUGAAUAUCACCGAGGAAACAGUUGCUG